AGGCGUUGGGCUGUCAGGUCAACGGUCAGCGAGGAGACAUGUCAUCCGGCCCGGCGGGGGAACGGAACGGAAGCCGAUCGAGCGCCUCCACGCGGGGAGGGCCGGCCGUGCCCGUCCAUCCCAUCCCGUGUUACCGGUGGCGGGCAGCACGGGCGCGAGAGAAAUGGUCUCUCUUCUCAUCGCCCGUCGUCCAUUUAUUCGGCAUGUUUGGUAGCUCGCCCCCCUCUACAAAUACUCCUCCGCCUCUUCCCAACUCCCCGGCCAGCAGCUAGCUCUCGACUGCUCCUCCAUUCCAGUCGAUCCUCCAUCCAGCGCCUGCAGAUUUAGCCUGCUCGCUUGCUUCGUCAACGGAUCGACCGCGGGUCAUCAGUUGAGGAGGAGUACGUCAACGGAUCCGAUCCAUCGGAGCGAGCUCGAAUUUGACAGACAGAUAGACCAUGGCGAGGUCGUCGUCGGCCAAGAAGAAGAAGCAGCACCAGGAGAAGCAGCUGUCGGCGUGGCGGUUCCUGUUCGGCGGGUGCCUGAUGGGCGGGGCCGGCGCGGCCGGGAGCGGGGAUAACAAGGUCCGCCCCGGCCCGCGGACGGCGGCGACGAAGCAGCCCCCGGCGGGGGCGGCGGGGCUGCAGCAGCGGCUGUCGGUGACGGACGUGAUGAGCACGUGCUCGGACCAGGACCUGUCGGUGUCGCUGGUGGGGUCGAACCUGCACGUGUUCACGGUGGGGGAGCUGAAGGCGGCGACGCAGGGGUUCGUGGACAGCAACUUUUUGGGCGAGGGCGGGUUCGGCCCCGUGUACAAGGGCGCCGUGGCGGAGGGCGCCAAGCCGGGGCUCCGGGCGCAGCAGAUCGCCGUCAAGCUCUGGGACCCCGAGGGCACGCAGGGGCACAAAGAGUGGCUGUCGGAGGUGAUCUUCCUGGGGCAGCUCCGGCACCCCAACCUGGUGAAGCUGGUGGGGUACUGCAGCGAGGAGGAGCACCGGCUGCUGGUCUACGAGUACAUGCCCAAGGGCAGCCUCGAGAACCACCUCUUCAAGACGUUCCCGCCCGUUCUGUCGUGGUCAACGCGGCUCAACAUCGCGGUGGGCGCCGCCAAGGGCCUCGCCUUCCUUCACGACGCCGAGAAGCCCGUCAUCUACCGGGACUUCAAGACAUCCAACAUCCUGCUCAACCCCGAGUACGAGGCGAAGCUGUCGGACUUCGGCCUGGCCAAGGACGGGCCGGAGGGCGACGACACCCACGUGUCCACCCGCGUGAUGGGCACCCACGGGUACGCGGCGCCCGAGUACAUCCUGACGGGCCACCUCACGGCGAAGAGCGACGUGUACAGCUUCGGCGUGGUGCUGCUGGAGAUCCUGUCGGGCCGGCGCGCGGUGGACAAGGCCCGGCCCAGCCGGGAGCGGCACCUGGUGGAGCACAUGCGCGCGUGGCUCAAGGACCCGCAGAAGCUGGCCCGGGUGAUGGACCCGGCCCUGGAGGGCGCGUACCCCGCCGCCGCGGCCCACCGGGCGGCGCUCGUGGCGUACCGGUGCCUGAGCGGGAGCCCCAAGAGCCGGCCGGACAUGUCCAGGGUCGUCGAGGACCUGGAGCCGCUCCUCGCCGUCACCGGCGACGACGACGCCGCGCCCGGCGAGCCGCCAGCGGCGGCGGGGGAGGAGGCGGCGAGGAAGGAGAGGGCGAGGAGGAGGGACGGCGAGCGGAGGGAGAAGCAGGGGCGGGCGCAGCAGGACAGGGGGGUGGCCAGGUCUCCCAAGAGGGCCGUCCCCAGGAGGCGGGCGCCGGGGCAGAGCCAGGAGUUCUGGGAGUGGCACAUGCCCGCGCAACCCAAAGCGUAGUAGCGGGGUAAAUACUACCAGCCUGUAGGCUUUGCUUUUUUUUUAACGGUGUGUUGUUGGUUCGUGUAAGAAACGAGGUGUAAAUUUAGGUGGUAGAUCCGUCCAUGUCGUCGAUGGAGUACGUAGUGAUUUUGUUCAGGGGCCGGGGUUCAGGAUUACUGCACCCCUGCUGUAAUCUGAGGCUGCAAUUCCUUGGUUUUCUUUAUUUUGGUCUGUAUCGGACUUGGCCUCCUUUCUUUCUUCUUUUCUUUCAGUAGUUCUUCUUCUUUUGUUGUUACUC